GACUUUAUCACCAUUCAAACUUUUUAUGUUAAUCUUUAUAGGAAGCAGAAAAAGGCUUCAAGAUGUUUAAACUAUAUGGAGUUUACAUACUGUGCCUCCUCGUGCUUCACCAGGUUGAUUGCCAAGCUGUUGACAAUGCACAGUUAGAUGGACCUCUGGAGGACAAGAGUUUUUCUGUUCAAGAAGGUUCAAUAGGAGGGAUGUAUUUAUAUCGGUUUAAAUUUGAACCUCCUGUUGUCAGUUUGAGACUGACUGGCGAGAAAGACGGCAUCAUAGAAAUGAGACCGGAUGGAGUUCUGUAUCUUAAUGGGCCUCUAGACUGGGAAACCAAAAAGGUCCACAGACUUCAGGUAGAAGGUCUGAAUGUAAAUGGACAAAGAGUGAAGGGCCCAUAUUCUAUCACUAUAUAUGUUAAGGAUAUCAAUGACAACCCACCUGAAUUUGAUAAGAAAAGAUAUCAGGGAACAGUGAGACAAAAGUCUCGUGCAGGAAAACCUUUCAUGUAUGUCAAAGCUUCUGAUCGUGAUGAUCCCAGUACCCCAAAUGGGCAGCUGAGCUAUAAGCUCCGUCAACAUUUCCCCAACCCUUUGCCAGAGAUGCUUUUUCAGAUUGACAAUGUCACAGGAGCAAUUUCCACAACUGAUGCUGGAGCCCUUAAUUUAAAUCCAGCAGUUGUAAGUAGCUUUCUCCUUGAUGUGGAAGCACAUGAUAUGGCAGGACAGUCAGUAAAUGCCUUCAGUUGUACCACUUCUGUGGAAGUCACUGUGCUGGAAAACCUCUGGAAAUCUCCACCACCAGUAAAGAUCAGGGAGAACUCUACAGAGCCUCACCCCAUCAGCAUCACUCAGGUGCAAUGGAAUAAUCCAGGUGCAAAAUAUGAAAUCUCAUCAAAGGAGAAGCCUCCUAUGAAACUGCCAUUUAUGAUUGACCAGAAUGGAACCAUCUAUGUCACUGAACCUUUGGACAGAGAAGAAAAAGACAGUUAUUCAUUUUAUGCAUUUGCAAAAGAUGAAGACGGAGACAUACUACUGGCACCACCAGUGAUUGUUAUGGUUACUGUAGAAGACAUUAAUGAUAAUCCGCCUGUGUGUGACAAAGCUUUGAUUAAAUUUGAAGUGCAAGAGAAUGAAGCUGUAGGGAAUUUGAUAGGAACUGUUCGUGCCUCAGACGCAGACCAGGGAGGCACGAUCGCCUCCCGCCUGGAGUACCACAUUAUUGACCAGAAUCCCAAAAUUCCCGUGGACAAUGUCUUCCGCAUUGAUUCAGGAGCUGGGACAAUCAACUUGCUCCAAAAUGCAUUAAGAAAACAAAUAGUAUCUAACUACUCACUGAAGGUGGAAGUGACAGAUCCAGCAUUUCGAACAGUGUGUGAUGUACAGAUAAAUGUCAUUGACAUCAAUGAUCAGAUCCCAAUCUUUGAGAAAUCAGAUUAUGGAUACAUAACUCUUCCGGAAAAUAAACCAGUUGGAACAGUAAUAAUGGAAAUUCAAGCCAAUGAUGGAGAUGAACCAUUCACUGGAAGCUCUCAAAUUGUGUACGCAGUCAAAAAAGGAGACCCAAAUAACACUUUUUCUAUACAGACAGAUCCAAAAACAAACAGAGGAUAUGUUACAAUUAAUAAGGUUCUUGAUUUUGAAACAACUCCAGCAUAUGAGCUUCUCAUCAGUGCCACAAAUCCUGAACCCCUUGUGGCUGGAAUACAAUAUAAUUCAAGCUCUCUUGCUUACCUAAGACUGAAUGUUACAGAUGUGGAUGAAGCACCAAUUUUCUUUCCACCCAUAUACAUAGUUGAUAGAUAUGAAAAUGUUUCUGUUGGCACAGUUGUGACUACAGCAAUGGCCUACGAUCCUGAGAGAGCUCGGAUCAGGUAUAGCCUGAAGAACAACAACAGGAACUGGCUGCGAAUUGACCCUCUCAAUGGCACAAUAUAUACUGCGUCCCCAUUGGAUCGAGAAACUGAACGUGCCUACAUGGUACAGGUUGUGGCAACUGAGCAAACUAAAGCAUAUCAAAGCUCCACAGCACAGCUGAUACUGAACCUGAAAGAUGUGAAUGAUAACCCUCCAAAGCUAGCAAAGGACUUUUUGUUCUUCUGCCACCCUCUCCAAGGAAAUGAGAGAGCAAAGAUAGAAGUCACUGAUCCAGAUGAAUUUUCAUAUAUCCCCAGAUUUACUUAUGUACUCUUGGGUGACAGCACAAUACAGAACAGUUGGAACGUUUCUAAAGAUGGCCUGCAUGCUUACAUUUCUCCGAAGAACAUUAAUCUUGAAGAGAAGACCUAUGACAUACCAAUACAGAUGAAUGACAAUGGAAGGCCACCUAUGCAAGGAGUUGUGUAUCUGCAAGUGAAAGUGUGCCGAUGUGUAGAGAAAAGGUGCUUCUUAGAAAUUGAUACUCCCAGUUCACUUCCAACAGUGGCAAUGGCAGUUGGCAUUCUCGUUGCAGUAUUGGUAGUUAUUGGUGUCAUUCUGGGGAUUGUGUUCCUCCGCCUCAAACACAAAAAGCAGAAUCAACAGAAGGCCACCAGAGCAAAUGCCGCUAGCCCAUCCGAAUUGCAAAACUUGACGUAAUUGUCUAUUGAAAAGCACUUUUUAAAAGACCUUGUAUUUCUUGCUAUUGUUGAUGUUACUCUGGUUUUUUUCCCAUCAGCAAACAUUAGAGAUUCACCACUAAAAUGCAGAGCUUGGGAUAUUUUUUUUAAUGGACUACAGCUCUUAAAAUACCUUAGCCACCAUGGUGGAGGAUUCUGAGAACUGUAGCCCCAAAAUGUGACUUUUCCUUCUACAACUACAUUUAUUACCUUUCUUACUCUAUUUCUUCAGCCAGAAAAGCAGACCCAUACUAACAGAAGGGACUCACCCCCUUGUGCUUCAGGGCCAAACUAUACAUGAUAUUAAAACUACUGCAUAUACUUGUGUAUAGGUCAGCCUCAUGUAUAUGUCGAGGAGAGGUUUUGGAGCCAAAAUUAUGGAUUUUGAUAUAACCUGUGGAUAACUGAGGAUAAAACUUAGGGGCGUAUAACAAAGGAUGCAAGGAUGAAGCCAAGGAAAAUGAUGCCAAAAGACACUACAGUUUUCCCACCAAGUCAUUCAAAAAGACCAGAAGUGGUGCUUGCAGCAGAGAGGCUAGGAGGUCAGUACUUCUUUUAGGUUCUCAAAGGAUAAACUGAGCUCUUGCCUUUUGCCACUUUACCCAGAAGAGAGAACAGUUCCUAUUUUGAUGAGAAUACUUAAGGUACGAUACUUCCCCUGACCUGUGGAUCAGUCAGCCCAGGUUUCUUGGAUAUAUUUUUCUAGACUUAUACAUGAGUAUAUACAGUAAGCUAUUACAUUUGGUGUACAGUAUUUCACUGCAUUUAUUCCAUAAAAUGACUUGUGAGCAUUGAACAGAAAUGAACUUCAAUUUUGAAAAGGUAUUUUGGGGCAGGCAAUGAAUGGAAAACCAAAUUUGAGGAUUCUUUUAGUACCUUUCUUGUUCUUAGUGAGCUCAGGUCCCUUGAGGGUAGGGAGGGAUGAUGAGCCCACUUUGAUGCUCUGCAGAUCCUUCCUCCAUUUCAUCUUAUCAUUAAUAUGUUUUUGUUGGUGAAUAAAGAAAUCCUUAACUUACAAUAAUAACAA